CCAUGGAAGAUAUAGAAGUUAACAUGGAAGAUUACUUUGAAGAAGCAUAUUGUGGUUAUGUAAACAUGAAUGACUUAACUACAAAUUUCAAAGCGAUUACGAUAAGUAAAGGAGAUUUAUUUUCUGAUUUUGAAGAAGCAGAACAAUAUAUGAAGUGUUAUACUGAGUUCAAAGGGUUUAAGACAAGGCGGGUUCUUAAACAAAGGUAUCCUUCUCACCCUGUCUUUUCUAAGGAUCUAUAUAAGGAGAUUCAAAAAUGUAAACCAUCAGCACAAUUUAAUGAAGGUGAUGCAGCAAGGUUCUAUAAAGAGUUACUCAGUAAACAACAUAAAGAUCUCUAA